CCAUUAUUCUCUGCGUCAUCGUCUUCUAACGAAAUGGAGGCACUAUCUAUAUUAUGUAUGGGUGUGUAUGACGGAUUUAAAACUGUAUUCCCUACACUCAUCAUCUUGAGUAUGCCUAUCACGUGCGUUUUCCGCCUCUGCUUGGUAUCUCCACGAAGACGUCUGCUAGAAUUUUGUCCUAUGCUACUGCUGUUCACUGCAGUAGUUUGUAGCUAUCUUUGUCGUCUCACUUUGAACUAUGACGGCGUAGAUCAGCAGUGGCCAAUGAUUUUCAGGUCAGCUCAAAAUACUUGUAUGCUGGUAGUACUAUCAUGGGCAGUGGUUGUGAGAUGGGAAUUAAAAUGGCGGCGUACUCGCGACAUCGGAGAAUAUUUCGGUCUAUGUUUUUUUGCCAUUGUCUCAGCUUCAAUUGUAGCUGGCGUCAAGGCUGUAGGGUAUCUUCCUUGGAAUUGGCUUACUACAUUACAAAUGGCAGCAACUGUGGUUGUGGUGAUAGGGAAUGUUACGGAAUGUGAGGAAUGCAUCUGUUGGGAUGUACUAUGUACCGUCUUGGGUCUGAUAUGCAUGACCCUUGAAACGUUGCUGUCAGAUUUUUAUGUAUACAGCAUGUACGUGCUCAGGGUAUUCUUUCUGUCGUUGUCUACAUUUGCCCAAAUUGUGAUGCUUACCAAUGAUGUCUUGAAAACGACUAAGUAUUUGCCAAAAUAAAAAUUUUACU